GUUUGUCUAUGUUAUUGACAGUUAAUUCAUGGUUAUGUAUAGUGCACUGUAAAAGCACGUAUUGUAUUGUAUUUGAAAAAUUAUAUUUCUGAUUGGUGAUUAGAUUAAUUUAACAAAAUGGGGAGGAAAAAAGAUGAAUAUGCUCACUUGACAACUGCAGAAAAGAAAGUUAUUACAAUAGCUGAAAUUAUUCAAGAGUUGAUAAAAGGUUUGAAGGAAAAAAGGAAAAUUAAUUUGAAUACGUUGAAAAACCAGAUAGCUUCAAAAUAUUGCUUAAAAAGUGCACCCAAAUUGGUUGACAUAAUUGCAGCGGUUCCACAGGGUCACCGUAAAUAUUUGAUCCCCAAACUUAUGGCCAAACCUAUUAGAACAGCUAGUGGUAUUGCUGUUGUAGCUGUGAUGUGUAAGCCCCAUCGAUGUCCACAUAUUAAUUUUACAGGUAAUAUUUGUGUAUAUUGUCCUGGAGGUCCUGAUUCAGAUUUUGAAUACUCGACUCAAAGUUACACUGGUUAUGAACCGACCUCCAUGAGGGCUAUUCGAGCAAGAUAUGAUCCCUAUUUACAAACAAGACAUAGAGUUGACCAAUUAAAACAGCUUGGACAUACCGUUGAUAAGGUCGAAUUCAUUGUUAUGGGUGGAACGUUUAUGAGCUUGUCCCAAAGUUACAGAGAUUAUUUUAUAAGAAAUUUGCAUGAUGCUUUAUCUGGACAUAAAAGUUCCAAUGUUGCGGAAGCUGUAAAAUAUUCCGAAAGAGCAAAAUCAAAAUGUAUUGGAAUCACAAUAGAAACAAGACCUGAUUAUUGUUUGGAGAGGCAUCUAUCAGAUAUGUUGAGUUAUGGGUGUACCAGACUUGAAAUAGGGGUUCAAUCAAUUUAUGAGGAUGUCGCCAGAGAUACAAAUCGUGGUCAUACAGUUAGAUCUGUAUGUGAGACUUUCAAACUAGCUAAAGAUGCUGGAUUUAAAAUUGUAGCACACAUGAUGCCAGAUCUUCCGAAUGUUGGACUUGAGAGAGAUUACAUACAGUUUAGGGAAUUUUUCGAAGAUCCUGACUUCAGAACAGAUGGUUUGAAGAUAUAUCCCACUCUUGUCAUUCGUGGUACAGGCUUGUAUGAACUGUGGAAGACAGGAAGGUACAAGAGUUAUCCUCCCUCUGUUUUGGUUGAUCUGAUCGCUUAUAUAUUGGCACAUAUUCCUCCGUGGACUAGAGUUUACAGGGUUCAGAGAGACAUACCAAUGCCACUAGUUAGUUCUGGUGUGGAACAUGGUAACUUAAGGGAGUUGGCCCUGAAUCGCAUGAAAGACUUGGGUUAUAAAUGUAGAGAUGUUAGAACCAGAGAAGUCGGUAUAGCUCAAAUUCAUGAAAAUAAACGCCCCUUCAUUGUGGAAUUUAUAAGGCGGGAUUAUUAUGCGAACGGCGGAAAAGAAUCCUUCCUGAGCUACGAGGACCCUUAUGAAGAUAUUUUGAUAGGAUUACUCAGAUUGAGAAAAUGUUCUGAGGCCACAACAUUCAGAGAAGAGUUGAAGGGUGGAUGUUCUAUGGUCAGGGAACUGCACGUUUACGGUAGUGUUGUGCCGGUGCAUGGUCACGAUAAUGAUAAAUUCCAACAUCAGGGCUAUGGUGCUCUGCUGAUGGAACAGGCGGAGAUAAUAGCGAAGAACGAACAUGACUCUAAGAAGAUAGCUGUCAUCUCUGGUGUUGGUACAAGGAAUUAUUACAGAAAGCUAGGCUACCAUUUGGAAGGUCCAUAUAUGGUAAAAAGUUUGUUAGAUGGCGAGUACAAAUCUGCCUUGGUAUGUUAUGAUGGUGAUGAAUCCGAUAAUGCUCCUAACUCUGCUCCACCACCAAAGAUCCUCAGUGAUGCAGAAUGGUUGGAUCAGUACGCUCGUGAGAGAGGUUUGAGAAAGGAGCCCAUUACUCAGUUGCCGCUACCAGGAAAAUUCACUACUUUGAAGGAUAUCCCCGACCACCUCCGUGAGGACCCAAAUAUCAAAAUUUUGAGUUGUAUUGCGUAGAUUAGGUGCUCUUCUAUUCACAUAAACCAUUUUUAUGUCUAUCAAUGUAAAUAAUAAAUAUAAAUUGUUUGGAUAGUU